AUGGAUGAUGCCGCGGUCCUAAGGAAGAAGGGUUACAUAGCAGGCAUCAAUCUUGGCAAGGGCUCCUACGCAAAAGUCAAAUCAGCCUACUCCGAGCGCCUCAAGUUCAACGUGGCAGUUAAGAUCAUUGACCGCAAAAAAACACCCACUGACUUUGUGGAGAGAUUCCUCCCUCGGGAAAUGGACAUCCUGGCAACUGUCAACCACCGCUCCAUCAUCAAGACCUACGAGAUCUUUGAGACCUCGGACGGGCGCAUCUACAUCGUCAUGGAGCUUGGUGUCCAGGGUGACCUCCUCGAAUUCAUCAAGUGCCAGGGGGCCCUGCAUGAAGACGUGGCACGCAAAAUGUUCCGCCAGCUCUCCUCAGCCGUCAAGUACUGCCACGACCUGGAUGUUGUCCACCGAGACCUCAAGUGCGAGAACCUUCUCCUUGACAAGGACUUCAACAUCAAGCUGUCUGACUUUGGCUUCUCCAAGCGCUGCCUGCGGGACUGCAGCGGACGCAUCACCCUCAGCAAGACCUUCUGCGGGUCGGCGGCAUACGCGGCCCCUGAGGUCCUGCAGGGCAUCCCCUACCAGCCCAAGGUCUAUGACAUCUGGAGCCUGGGCGUGAUCCUCUACAUCAUGGUCUGCGGCUCCAUGCCCUACGAUGAUUCCGAUAUCAAGAAGAUGCUGCGCAUCCAGAAGGAGCACCGCGUGGACUUCCCGCGCUCCAAGAACUUGACGGGCGAGUGCAAGGACCUCAUCUACCGCAUCCUGCAACCGGAUGUUAACCGGAGGCUACACAUUGAUGAGAUCCUCAGCCACUCGUGGCUGCAGCCCCCCAAGCCCAAAGCCAUGUCUUCUGCCUCAUUAAAGAGGGAGGGUGAGGGCAAGUACCGGGCCGAUUGCAAACUGGACACGCGGCCAGGCUCACGGCCCGAGCACCGGCCUGAGCACAGGCCAGAUCACAAGCUGGGGGCCAAAACCCAGCACCGGAUGCUGAUGGCGCCUGAGAAUGAGGAUAAAAUGGAGGACAGGCUGGCCGAGACCUCCAAGGCAAAAGCUUCUGGAGCCGAGGUGGGGAAGGCAGGGCACAAUCCCAAUAGGCCGGCCCAGUGCUGGAAGCCGUCAGCACCCGGCCUUAGGCAGCCUUGCCUGGACAGCGUUGCUCUCUGCGUCUCACUCACGCCCACUGAGACUUCUGCCUCCGCACGUCCUGGGGGCAUCCUCGGGCCCGGGGCCACCCUUCCCUAUGGGGGAAAAGCAUCAAAACCCACUUUCCAGUCUGAGCCCGUGGUCCAAGCUCACCUGCCAAGCCCACCUGCAGCCCCCUUGGUGGGUCCUAGGGCACAGCCAGGGCUCAGCCCCGAGGAGCACGCAGGAACUGUCAUGGAGGGCAGGCCAGUGGUGCCCACGCAGGCGGCAGGCCCUGCACCAGCCUCCAGAGGACUCUGCGACUCCUGCAGGGCUGAAGGGGACCGAUGCAGGAGUGCCCAGGAAGACGGCCUAGUGCAGGGCUGGGUGUACUCGAGCAGGACUCCAGCCUGA